GGCGACACCGCGGGGGGAGUCAAUAGAAUUGGCCGCGAACAUCGUCGGUUCUCGAACUAGUCCUGCUGCUGUUGCGGUUGCCUGCCAUCCUUGUUCCUCCCAUCCGCCGCAGAUCAAAGUCGCCUUCUUUGUUAUCUCUCUUGGCAGUCCCGCAAUCCCUUUCUUUCAGGCUUUGUCUAUAGCUCACACUGUUUGCCUAUACCUUUUUUUCUGGUUUUUUCUCUUCUUAUUCUCUAGCGUCUUCAUUCGCAACGCAGGCCACUCAUCGGAGGAUUAAUAUCGUACGGAUAUAGGUGCUACUGUUGCUGGGUUGUGGAUUCUCGUAGCGUGGUGGGAGGUUUGGUUCGCACGAUUGCUGCGUUUGGGUUGAAACUUUGACAGCGUGAGGAGUGAGGUGAGGGGAGUGAGAAUUUGGGUGGCAAGCUGAGGUGAUUUCGAGAAGUGGAAUUGGAGGUAUGAUCAGGAAAGCAGAGAAGGAGCUUCACUGCCAGCGUGGGUAGCAGCUGGAGUUAAGGAACUUCGGAGGCUGUGUUGAAGAGAGUGCGAGGGGGAGGCGAGUGCGUGACAGGGCGUGGGGAGCGCGUGACCUGGGAGCUCUAACACGAGUAUGGCAUUCAUGUCUCCAGCCCCUGACCAAGCGACGGUAUUCGGCGGGCUGGUGAAGAAGAGCAUGAGCAUCCCCUCGUCGUUCAAUACCGCGGCCAUGUCGCCAACGGACUCCAUGAACUCUCUGUAUAGCUUGGAGAAGCAAUUGGUGGGCCAGCCAAGGAGCAACGCCGCGCUCAGUGGCGUGCCGGGAGUGAGUGGGUUCUCCAGGUCGGCCACCAACUACUGGGGCCACGCAACGUCCACGGACAUGCAGCAAAUCCUCGGGGAUUCGGCGUCUGUGUCCCCGCAGGAGGCGCUGGGAUCUGGGAUGGUGAGUAGCGACUGGCAACAGUUGCUGGAUGCAAAAUCGUCGGCAUACAAGUAUCCGCCGGGGGUGUCGGCAGCUGCAACUCCAGCGCGCGGGGGGAUCAUGGAGAAUGCUAGGAUUAGAGAAAUGUUGACAGGUAGGGUGGGGGGAAGUCCAGUCCCUCACAAGUCGUGGAGCCCCUUGGACACGGUUGCGGCGGGGAUUGCAGUGGACCAGUCGAAGGGCGGCCUGGCACUACAUGGAGUGGAUCUCGCGACUUCGCAUUGCCUGGCCCAGUUCACAUCGGAUCCUGCCUUCGCUGAGCGUGCGGCGAAAUUUUCUAGUUUUGGUAAUGGGAAAUACCCACAGAUCGCGUUGUCGUUGCCUGUGAACGACGCGCAUUGUAAGCCGCGGUCGCGAUCCAGCGAGAGUGGUUGUAAGUCUUCUAGAACUACGUGCAACCCAAAUUCGGCGAAGAAGUCGACUGCGACGGUCGCGGCUGGGAUGGAAGAGAACACUGCCGCCGCUCCAGCUGCUGCCUCAGUUCUGGCAGCUCCUGCAGCGGCGGAUAGAUCAUGUGACAUGGAUGUGGACGGUGUUGGUAACAACGACAAGAGCCCGACUCGCACUGCGAGUGUGCCUGAGUUGGAAGCCAUUGAGGGAGCAAGCUUGGUCACCAUGGAUAGAACCCAUGAGCUGGCCGAAGUAGCAGCAGGGCUGGAGCCUAACAAUUCCAGUUCUGUAACAGAACAACAGCAAGCGAGCGCUGCGUCGCCUGCGAGAUCACCUACAGGAAGCGAUGACAGCGAUCGGCGUAAACGGAAGAGUUCUUCCGCUGAUAAGCUCGACGUAGAUUCUAAGGCUGCAGAUGUUGCGGACUCCCAACCAAAGCGGUGCAAAGGUGACAACGACGAUCUAGUGAAGGCAAAGGCGGAACGUAGUAGCAGUGAAAACUCUGGCGACUCCGGAAGCCCCAGAGCUCACAAGGAGAACAAUUCAAGCAAGGACCAUGCAAAGCAGGACUACAUACACGUGCGAGCUCGACGGGGGCAAGCCACCGACAGCCACAGCCUUGCCGAGAGGGUUCGCAGAGAGAAGAUCAGCGAGAGGAUGAAGUACCUGCAGGACCUGGUUCCCGGCUGCAGUAAAGUAACCGGCAAGGCGGUGAUGCUUGACGAGAUCAUCAACUACGUGCAGUCGCUCCAGCGCCAAGUCGAGAACCUGUCAAUGAAGUUAGCUUCAGUCAACCCUGGGCCAUCCUCUACUCGCAUAGACCAUAACUUCGAGACCACCAUGAACAAAGACAUGCUGCAGUCUCAGAUGUCUGGCUCUCUCGGUGGAUCGGAAUCGACCACCACGUUUGGCAUGAUGCAGCAGCAUCAGCAUCAACCACAGCCUCAAGGACACAUGAUGAAUGGCCACUGUGGCUUGGAUUUUCGAGCGAUGGGGACUUCGAUGGAUGGGUACCUCCGGCGCUCUAAUAGCGCCCCCAUCAGAGUCCAGUCUGGAAUCACUAGUUUAGACUCAUUCGGGGACGAUGUCUCUCAGUCAAUUGGAUGGGAUGGGGAGCUUCAAAGCAUCGUGAACCAGAUGGGUUUUAGCUUCCAAGGUCGCUAUGGAUCUUCUCCUCUCGAUAGUCUUCAAUGUCAACUACCAGUCGGUCAUAUGAAGGUGGAGAUGUGAUUCAAACUCCAAGCGUACAUAAUCUGAUUGAUGCUCUUCACAGACUAUGCGACAUAAAUCGCAUUGUUCCUGAGGGGGAGUUUAUCAGUACUGGGCUUAUAUUCCGUGAUUCAAUCCCAUUGACUGAUUGGGCAUUGUUACUGCCACAUUAGUGGAACUGUCCAAAAGAGCAGAAACACAGCAACGAGUUGCUGUAGGUGAUAGUUCCAAAUCAAGUCAUUCUGCAGGACAGCUGUACAAAUUUUCAAGUUUGUGAUAUGCAUGGGUUGGCACCACCGAGUCAUAAUAGAUUGAUUUAACCUGAACUGCACGACCACCAAGGACGGUAGUGAAGGGAAUUGAUUUCAAUCGACAUCCUCCAUGGCAUGUUCUUCCCCCUUGAGGAUUUUUUCUUUUUAGUUUUUAUUUUUCAUUUUUUCUUUUUAAUCUCUGCCCCUUGGAUUCGAACCGUUUUUGGAGACUACCCUUAACAACCUGUUGGUGGCCUUGCGUUCCACACCCAGAGUAUUUGUUUACUGAAGUCCUCCUCUGGGGAGAGACACGGACGUAGCCAGGUGAUGCCUGAGAGCUGGUUGAGUGUAAUAUUACUUGAUAAACGGACUUAGUUCUUAAUCCGUCGAGCUUCCUCAAGUCUUAGUGAGUAAUGAGUUAGCUUUGCUCCUAGUUAGUUCCAGCCUUAGUGUACAGCCCUCUCUCAUGUUCCCUCUACGGUGGUGUGUUUGUUGGUCGCCCCUUUCCUUUCUGCACCCAUUUCCACUAUUAAAUGCCAAGACUGUACAGCUCUUUGUGGUUAUAAAGAGUGCAUUGUAUCUCGUU